CCUUAGGAGACUAGUACCUUCCUUUUCUUGUCCGUUCGAGUGUAUUUAUAAUCCUCGAUGUGCUGGCUUGACACUCAUGCUCGUGUCUUUCUCCCAGUAAUACCAUUCUCCUUCUCAAAUUCCUUCCUACAAUGAGCACUUCUGCAAAAUCCUCUACUGCAAUCUUCACUGAUGAAGACUUGCUGGUGAGUCUGGAUAGGAAUGAUCUAAGCCUAAUUGGGAGAGUGUUCUCCCACUCGCCUGUCUCAAGAUCUAGGAUGCACCACACUGUGAAAAGAGCCUGGGAGACUACCAAGCCGGUGGUAGUCAUCGAUGUUGAACACAAUCUGUUUCAAUUUGUCUUUGAUAACAAGAUUGACAUGGCUGUUGCAGAAAGCAGGGCACUCUAGCAUAUCAAACCCCUUGUUUUUACUGUCAUGAAGUGGAAGCAGCCCUCGGAGGAGGUUUCUGAAGAGUUAGCUCGUAUUCAAUUCACCAUCCAGCUGUGGGAGAUGCCGCCUUCCUUCAGAAAUGUGGCAGUUGGGCGAAAGCUAGCAGAACAAUUGGGUCCAGUUAAAUAAACAGCUCUUUUCUUCUUCAAACAAGGCCCUGGUUACUUAAUCAAAUCUGUUGUGACGCUGGAUAUCUCCCAGCCUUUGGAGAAGGAAGUGGUAGCCAAGAAAUUUUCGGCUGAAGGGGAAACCGUUGUCCUAUUCAAAGCUAAGGUAAAAUAUGACACCUUCCCACUUUUUUGUUUCAACUGUGGAAUCAUUGGGCACCAGGACUCCUCCUGUUCCUUUCCAUUAGUCUCGGGGGCAAGCUUCCUUCAGGUUUGGUGAUGAACUGAGGGGCAGAGGGGCUGGUAUGAAACUGAAUGAGCACACUUUCUGGCCUGCCCAUUCUGCUGCAAACAGAAGGCUCCCUCAAAAUGUGUGGGUUAAUCCUAAUCUGCUGGGUUCCAACAGUAGUGACCACCUGCAUCUUGGCAAGCUGGCUAAUCCAAAGCCUGCAGCACCUCCUCUCUUGGCUGUUGCAAUUUCAAAUGGCAGAUCCCUAUCUCAGGAUGAUAAUGUGAGCUUUUUUCAGCCCACAAGAAGCAGAGUCAGCCUAGUCGAAUUACCUGACGACUCACUCCAGGGGUCCGUUCAAGAGAAAGACGGUUCUGUUGAGGCUGCAAGGAAGGUACCCCCUUUUAUGGCUUCUAGCCAGAACCUUGUUGAGCAGCUGGAUGUCGCAAAGAUUACUGCUGAUCUGUACAAGUCCCUGGAAAGUAACUCGCUGCAGAUUCAACCACCAAGGGGUCCCUUUUUUCUUCCCAAGAACCCUUACCCAAGGGCAUCCCCAAAUCCUCUGUCUCGCCUAGAAGCACAGGAAAAUCGCAAACGCAAAGGGAAAGAUCCAAUGGUUUAUAAGAGACAGGAGGUCAAAAAACCUUUCCCUCGUAUCAAUCGAGCUUUGUUCAUUGAAGAGCCUAAAGAUCAAACCUCCAUCUCUCACUGAUGUUUCAGGCAACCCAGGAAGUGGCUGAUCUGUAGGGCAAUAUGGAACCAUCAAAGGGGUCUUUUACUUUGAAUUUAAGUUUCCCUGUUCUGAUUGUUAGCCUGCUGUUUCUUUGUGAUUUUAAGUUACGCUUAUUACUCACCUUUUUGGAGUGUUUACCUUUCUUCUUAUGAAUGAAUAAAAGAAGGCCCCUUCCUAUUCAUCUCGAUACCUUUAUAUCAGUGUUUUUCUCGGACACAGUUGGUAGAAGAGUCUACCACGGCAUGGCUUUUAUAGCAACAUAGAUUUACAUCAGCAUUGCUUUACUGGAAGGUAUGGCAUCUGCAAUUAUAAAUAGGUUCACCAGAUCAGUAAAACAUUGUUCUUAUUGUUAUCAACAUAGUUUAAGGUGGAGUAGCCUUUUGCCACGGGAAAGGCAGGUUAUGGAUGCUAAAAUGAAAAAUGACAGUCUGGGCAGCAUAUCCCCCAGUAAUUGACUUCAUAUACUGAUCAAAACCAGAUAAGUCAACUUCCCCAUGAUGAAUGUGAGUAUUUUGCCAUAACUCUGUGUCGUGAUUACUAGCAAGAAAACCCAUCAUUGCAGACACAAUAAUGCUCACAAUAAUGGAAAGUAAAUUUGAUUCUGCUAUAUAUUUUCUCUAACAAAGCGUUCAUGAUAAGAAGAAAACUUGAUAAUGUCAUAUCCCCAUCCCACUGGUCUGUUAGUCUACUAGCCAGCCACAUCAUUUCCGCCAAUAAAUAUCUCAUAUUUAAUGUCGACAAAGCUAUAAAGUGGCAUUAAAGAAGUCUUUUUCUUGUAUACAAUAUGAGCAAUCACAGAUAACAUCUCGUGAUGGCAGACAGGGAGAACAAGAGCCACCUGUAGAAUGUUUGGAGCAGGUAACUGGACCAUAAACAUAUACAUCUUUGAGAGAAAGAGAGAGAGUCAAAGAGCAAAACAGAGAAGGGUGAAAACAAGGGAACUUGCCGCUCCUUCCUCCGCGCUGUGUCACCGCCGGCAACUACACCUGUCGACCCACCGACAUUGCCUCUCCCAACUCCGGAAUCUUCUCCGCCAGCACCUCCUACUGCGCCGCUGGUUAGCUCUGAAGCACCACCAUUGCUAGCAUCCCAACCAUCAGUGGCUGAGGAGAAGAGUCAACUUAAAUCGAUCACUACCCUCCUCCUCGGCCAGCCGGCAGCCGGAGUUCAAAAACCCCGAUCUAUCUUAGCAACUCCUGCAAUAGCGGCGAGGUCACCGAUUCAAAUUCUUCUGGGGGAGCACUGGUAGUUGGGAGCAGAUCUGUGAUCCAAGUCUAUGAAAGGUUAAGAGAUUAACCGGAGUGUGAUAGAUUCUAAUCUAUUUCCUUACAUGCAUUCCGUCCCCGGGGAGAUGCUUGAGAAUUGUCAAGUAUUGAGAUGAUCCCAGUAGUGGAAUAAAGAAUAAGGUAACUUCAAUCUUUUCUUCUCAAGUCAAGGUGAUAAUUUUGAGGGGACUGGCCGUUUCUUGACAUUGCUUUCAAUUGCAAGAAAUAUUGACAAAGGCAAGUUCAGGAUCUUGCUCUAAUUUUGAGGAGAUUGACCUCAUUCUCCAUCCGAUCCUCUACUAUCCUCGCUUGCCUGAUUUGUGUCGAUUUUAUUUUAUGAAUAUUCCCAUACCACAGAUUGAUUGCCUUUCCUCUUGUAUCAGGUAUGGGUUUAGCUUAAAUAGAGUUGUUAAUUGUUCUUCCAUCUAGAAUGGCUAUCCUGUGUAACUAUGAGUAGCUGUGUGGCUCUGUCGUGUGUAUUUUCUGUCUAAGGUUGGGUAAUUCGACUGGAUAGCUAACCAUAGCCGUUGCUGGCUUUCAUUCGGCCUACCUGAUAUCACCUCUGUGAUCAAAUUACUAGAUGCUUGUCAUCUCUGUAGUACUUCUAAUAUAGUACUGUUAGAACA